UUUUUAACGCCACGCCGCGUUCCCUUUCAUACCCCCAGCUUGACAUCCCUCCUCUCCCUUCUCCCCUCUCUUCACCUCUCUCUUCGCUCCCUCUCCUUCUCCUUGGCUCUCCUUUUGUAGGGUACACACGCGCCGCUCACUCCCUUCCCUCCCUAGCUCCUUUUUGACAAGUUUGACAGGUUUGACAACCUUUCUCUCCUGCUGUACGCCCUCCUCAUCGCCCUUGACAUCCUCAUUCCUCCUUUGGCGCAUCCCUUUUUUUUUGUUCUCUUUGUUUUGACAUCAACGUUGAACAACGCUCUCACGCCCAUACCUCGACAUAGGUGCGUCCGUAGUUAGUGGUAGUAAAAAGAGAGUGCAUAUAAGAACCACCCUCUAUUCCCCUUCUCUUGAUCCUUGAUCCCCUCGAGAAAUCCUCCUGCAGUCCUUUCUUCUCUCUCUCUCCCUGACCCAACACAUCAGGAAUGAAGCCACUUUCAUUCCUCCAGACUAGCUCUUCGGUGCUGCUGCUUCUCCUGGCCCUCGCCAGGACCCAAGUUCAAGCCCAGGGUGUGGACUGUCUCACCACUCCCUCGGAUCCCUCCUGUGUCUCCUUCGAGUUGCCAGCCGCAACCAUCCAGACGGAUCUCGAUAGCCUCUGCACCCAGAUGCCAUACAUGCCCGGAUGCUCCCUCUACAAAUCCUGCCAAGCUGCCUCCAAGACUGACCAAUGGUGCACCCCCUUCUCUGUCCUCGCCGACAUCUGCGCCGUCGACAUGCCCAACAUGGGCAACUGCAAGAACUAUGUCGCCCUCUGCGGCACAGCCGCCAACCAGACCUCCUCGGCCUCCCGUCCUGCGGUCUGUUCCAAGGCCCCCAUGAUCUCUUCGUUCCCCACGACCAAGAACGCCUCCGCACUUGUCAUCGACAUCUGCACAGAGAUGGACAUGGCUGGAUGUGAACGAUGCCCCAAGCCUGCCCCCGGUGCCUACGCUGCCGACUGUGACACCUUGGGCACAUAUGCGAUCCUGUGCAAGGCCAUGCCUGACAUGAACCAGUGCGCUACCUGGAAAUCAAUGUGCUCGGCCUCCUCAGACACCGCCUCGUCCCUGAGUUUUCAGUCGUCCGAGUACUGUGCGGCCGGUGUGGGCAGCCCCGACAUGAACCCGCCUGCGAUGCGCAUGUACUUCCACCUGGGUUUCUCGGACUAUGUCCUGUUCGAGAAAUGGGUACCCCGGAACCAGAGCCAGUAUGUCGGCACCUGGUUCGCCCUCUUCUUCCUGACGCUCUUCUUCCAGACCAUCCAGACCUAUCACAACGGUCUCGAGGUUCAAUGGGCCGAGGAGAAUGCACGCGAGUUUGAGGACAUUGCCAAGUCAGACUCUUCAGUCUCGUUGACGAACAGUGGUAAAGGUGGCCUCUCGAAUUCGAUUCUGCUCCAUUGGGUCCAUAUCUGGCGCCAGCCCUGGACCGCGAAGGAAGUUUGGCAGAAUUUGAUCCGCGCCGUGUUGACCUUCAUUGAGACCACGCUUGGUUAUGCGCUCAUGUUGGUGACCAUGACCUUUAACGUGCCAUUGUUCUUCGCGGUCAUUCUUGGUCUGACAGUCGGAUCGGUCGUGUUCUCGAGACAGCGAUCGAUGACCAUGGUCAAGUCGAACACCACCUCUGGAGGCACCGGAUGCGCCGGCUGCGGAUAAAUUAUAGUGUCCAUAGAGAACCGUAAAAGGUCUCCCGCUUUUUGUAUAUAUAUACCUUUCGUUGCCUUCAUCUCAUCUAUUCAAUAAAUAUAAUAACCUUCGAUCGUCACAUCCGAAUCGCUAUGUAGCCUCGGCAUAGUCUAUUGACAAUGCCGAUUAGAUGAUCGGAUGAAAUGAUCUGAUCCCCUAGAUGCUAUUUUUCUUCUCAUAUCUGAGUACUUGGUGCCGAUCAUCUGUGCGGUGUAGCCUUGCUGGAGUUUUACAACAACAAAACGCACUUGAAAAAUAAAAAUAAAAUAAAAGAUAGAAUCACCUUUAAACAUCAAACUGAU